AUGCAGAGGGAAGACGCCUUCGGCGACCAGAUCCGCACCAUCACCCAGAGGCUGAAGGAGGCCGAGACCCGCGCCGAAUUCGCCGAGCGCUCGGUGCAGAAGCUGCAGAAGGAGGUUGACCGUCUCGAGGACGAGCUCGUCCACGAGAAGGAGCGCUAUGCCGCCAUCUCCGACGAGUUGGACGACACUUUCCAGGAGCUCUCCGGCUAU